AUGGUGAACGGAGGAACUCUACCUUAUGAAUAUAGAAAGAGUGGUCCUGCAGUUGACAUUGCAAUAGAAAAUAUUAAAGCUCUGUAUUCAGAGGUAUUCAAUGUGAAUUAUAUCUACAUGGAUGCUGGUUUGAGAUGUUCAGAAAAUGGAUUUGGUGCCAUUGCAGCAGAUGUUUAUUACAACGACAAUAUUGAUGUGUUUAUUGGCCCAGGUUGUAGUUUUGGAGUUGACGUCAUUGGUAGACUUGCAGCAUCCUGGAAUCUACCAGUCAUUACACCAGUUGGAACAAAUGCUGUUCUGGAAGAUAAAAAUAACUUUCCAACACUAACACGGCUUUCCUAUAAUAUGAAUACAAUCUCAAAAAUGUACUUGAGUAUAUUCAGUAGAUAUAAUUGGACAGACGUCACAAUUAUAACUGACGUUACAAAGUCAUUUUUUAGAAUUGUUAAAGACAGUUUAAUGGAAGCUUUCCAAUUUGCUGGGAUCAAUGUAGAACGAAUGUUAUUUAAUACUUCAAAAACCUAUGACAUUGGAUACCAUCUAAAACAGGCAAGGCUUAGAUCAAGAGUAAUUGUAGUGAGUUGUAGUGGAGACACUUUCCGAGAAUUUAUGUUAAUAGCCCACCAACUAGGAAUGACCACUGGAGAAUAUGUUUUCAUCAUCAUAAGUUUAUUUGAGGGUGAUACUUAUUUAGGAGAUUUUGGAUGGAAGAGAAAUGACUCUCACGACAAGUUAGCAGCAGCUGCAUUUGACUCUGUGCUAAUGGUAAGACUGAGAUAUCCAACUACUGCUACUUUCGUGGAAUUCGAAAAAGACGUAACGUUAAGAGCAUCAACACAUUACAACUAUACAUUUAAGGUUGUCAACCCAUUCAUUACUUCGAUGUACGAAGCAUUCAUGAUAUAUGCAUCAGUUGCAAAUGAAACUAUUUCUGAAGGAGGAAGUUUGCGUGAUGGAAGGACGAUAACACAUAAACUUUGGAAUCGAGAAUUUGUAGGGUUAGAUGGAACCAUUAAGAUAAAUAGCAACGGUGAUAGAAAAGCAGACUUUUCCUUGUUGGACUUAGAUGGUACAUCCAUGGAAUAUAAAGUAUGUUGA